CUGACACACAGCUUUUCUCUCCACGGAUAUCUCCAGACCAGAGGAGGGUAUUUAGAGGUUAAAUAAUACAUUAAGAAACAUUUGAGAAAAAAAUCAAAGCAGCUUCACAUCCUCCAGGAUCUCCAGCUGUUUUCGCCCGGAACUCCACGCACAUUCAGCGGGGAGGGGAGGUAGAGGAGGCCGAAAGAGGAGCACCAUGGAGGGGAUGCAGGCGUACGGAGCGGGGAAAGCUGGAGGAGCCUUCGACCCGGUCACCUUCUUCCAGCAGCCGCAGACCAUCCUCCGCAUCGUGUCCUGGGUCUUCUCCAUCGUGAUCUUCGGAUGCAUCGCCAACGAGGGCUACAUCAACCGGCCCGACACGGCGGAGGAGUUCUGCAUCUUCAACAAGAACCAGAACGCCUGUAACUACGGCGUCUUCAUGGGCUCCAUGGCCUUCCUCUGCUGCCUCGCCUUCCUCGCUCUGGACGUCUACUUCCCCCAGAUCAGCAGCGUGAAGGACCGCAAGAAGGCCGUGCUGGCCGACAUCGGGCUUUCAGCGUUCUGGUCCUUCAUGUGGUUCGUGGGUUUCUGUUUCUUGGCCAAUCAGUGGCAGGUGACCAAUCACGAGGACAACCCUCUGAGGGAGGGGGGCGACGCCGCCCGGGCCGCCAUCACCUUCUCCUUCUUCUCCAUCUUCACCUGGGCUGGUCAGUCCUUCCUGGGCUUCCAGAGAUACAAACUGGGUGCCGACUCGGCUCUUUUCUCCCAGGAAUACACGGACCCCAGCCAGGACGCAGCGGGGGGGCCGUACACCUCCUUCGGGGGGGGGGAGGACCUGGAGAGCCCCGUCGGAGGAGGAGGAGGGGGGGGCGGGGCCAAUAGCGAGGCUGCGUUCGACGGCAGCGGAGGGUACCAACGUCAAGACUACUGAGGGAGAAAUAGUGAGGGGGGGGGGGGGAAGUUACCCAUCGUGUCUCACUUAGAAUCAGAGGUAAAUUGGUGGUAAAACACCGGUCCAAAUGGGUUGUUUUGACAUGAGUUUAAAGUAAAAAACGCCAGAAAUCUAUGGAAGUUUUUACUUGUAACAGAGUAUCUUUACUAUUAUUUAAGUAUAAGACAUUUUAAAGAUAAAUGGACAAAAACAAUGUGCAUUUCUUAUGGCAAAGGACACGUGAUUUUAGUUUGGAUUAAUAACCUAGAAGUACAGAUGUCAACAUCAAGGUUAAGUUACCAAUAGUUCCUAACUUAGAAUCAAAGUCAAUUGGGGGUAAUAUAGAAACAAUACCAGUCCCAAUAGGUUGUUUUGACCUGAAUUUAACCUAAAAAAAUGCAGAAAGAUCUGUUGUUAUUUGUAACAGAGUACUUUUACCUUUACUUGAGUAAAAUAUGUUGGUACUUCUUCCACUACUAACAUUUUAAAGUUAAAUGGACAAAAACAAUGUGCAUCUCUUACGGCAAUGGACACAUGAUUUGAGCUCUGGUUAAUUACCCAGAAGUACAGGCGUCAACAUCCACGUUAAGUUACCAGUAGUUCCUCAUUUUGAGUGGGGUUAGAUAUAGUUUUUAUUGUACAAAAAACAAUUGUAGUUUGGGUAAACAUUACAUGACAUGCUACUUGUUAGACGCUUUUAUCCAAAGCGACUUACAUACUCAAUACUGUGGGCAAUCCCCACAGGAGCAAUUUGGGGUGAAGUGUCUCAGGGACACAACGACAUGCUGACUGCAGUGGGGUUUGAACCUGCUCCCCUGAUCCGAACACCAACAAACCAGUCCACUGCGCCACACGCCUCCCUAAACAUCGCAUCGUGCGGCAAUACCAGAACCAAUGGGUUGUUUUGACCAGAGUUUUACUGUAAAAACACAAAGAAAAACCUUGUUAAAUGUACAAGACAAUGAGCAUAUGCUAUUUAUAAUGAUAAAGGAGACACAUAUUGCUAACAACCGUUUAACAAUGAUUUAUACUAGCCUUUAAUGUGUUAUUGUUGUGUUUAAAUGCAACAAUUCUGCAUUUAUCUGGGGGCGAAAGUUGGUGGACUUCAUACCUGCAACAUUUCAGUUAUUCCAUAAAAGUCUGAAUUAUCUCUAAAUUUGAAAAUGUGGGUAACUUUCCAGAUUUUGGGGAGAAAAUGUCGAUUAUUUGGUGAAUAAAUUGUGAGGUUUGCAGAAAGACAGGUCAAUGCUGGUGACCACAUUGCCUUCAUCCUCCAGCAAAACGACUGCGAUCAGUGUUACACACACACACACACACUACAUACACACUAUUUAUCGUGGAAUAAAUUGACAAUGUCACAAGGGGGUUAUAGAGAGUAAAAUGCCAUUGCAGUCAAAACAAAGUGACAACCGGCCUAAAUGUCCUCACUCUGCAAAAUAGUCCUCACUCCAAAGGUUAAUAACCCAUGUGUGUCCUCACAAAGAUAGCAGUACAAACACACACACACAAGCACAUUUUAACACAGGUUUGUCUGCAGUUUAAACUUCUUAAAGGUGCGUUACAGGAUCUCAAACAGUGGCAUAUCGGGCAACUAAUCCCCUCACCUGUAAAAACGACAGUGUGUGUGUUUUUUUUUUUACGUGUGGCUGUUGGAAAGUGUGUUUUUGUUUCUUGUUUCCCUGAAUGAAUUUUCUCCUCGAUUGUUGCCUUAGUGCAGACUGCCAAGCGAAAUCCAAGGACAGAUUCCCAACGUGCACAGAAGUUAUUUUUGUCGUUAAGCACAUAACAAAACCUGAACAAAAGAAGCAUUAAUAAAGAGCAUCUUCAGAAACACAAAAUGGCCGACAGAUAACACACAACAGGUUAUUUAUCCACUUUAUUUCUGCAGAUCCACACACGAUGCAAACAUCCUGAGUAUUUAUGAACAUGCAUUGCUCCAUUUUCUUAAAGAAUAAAGUAUAUCUAUCUCUAUAAAUAUAUGUAAAUCUAUAAUUCAGCAUAUUAGAGUGUUUGAAAAUGCUUUAUUUUUAGGGCAUUAUGCUAGUUCUGUAUAAAAAAACGGUUAAAUAAAAAGACAAAAGAAAUGUUCAGUGUUUUAUUGUGAUAAGCUUUCAGGGUCAGGAGAUGCUUUUAUUUUGAAAUAAUAACUAAUUAUAAAAACAAAAAAUGUGACCAAAUGACCAAAGUAUAUAUACGCACAUAUAUACUUUAUAUACCGUGUAGACGUCUAGAUGUGUGACGUUCCUUUUGUGAAGUCCAUUUUAAAAAAAAGGUUAGAUUAAGACACAGAUUGUGUACAAAUGUAUGUUUUUGUUGUGAUUUCAACCAAUACAAAUAAAGGAAAUACUGAUAAAGAUAGAA